CAGUGCUUAGUGGUAAUGCUCACUUUGCAUCUCCUCACUCUUAGAGAGACUAAUUCAUCUCUGCAAUUGCCCAAUAUUGCCUUGAAGAAAAUGGAUCCUGAUUCAGUUAAAACGACCUUGUCCAAUUUAGCAUUUGGAAAUGUAAUGGCAGCAGCUGCUCGAGAUUAUCAAAAGGAAGUGCUAUCUCAGCAGAAGGCACAAGCUUCCAAUUCAAUCAAUCAGGAGGUUGAUCUUGAUGAGUUAAUGGAUGAUCCAGAGCUGGAAAGAUUGCAUGCAGAUAGGAUUGCAGCUCUUAAGAAAGAAGCUGAGAAGCGACAGGCUUUAAAGAAGCAAGGGCAUGGAGAAUACAGGGAGGUAACUGAGGCGGACUUCUUGGGUGAAGUCACUGGGAGUGAAAAAGUAAUUUGCCACUUCUACCAUCGGGAGUUCUACCGGUGCAAGAUAAUGGAUAAGCAUUUGAAAUCCCUUGCACCAAGGCAUAUGGACACCAAGAUUAUCAAGCUGGAUGCAGAGAAUGCACCAUUCUUUGUCGCCAAACUAGGAGUCAAAACUUUGCCUUGUGUCAUCUUAUUCAGAAAAGGGAUUGCAGUAGAUAGGUUGAUUGGGUUUCAAGAUAUGGGAGGAAAAGAUGAUUUCGCCACUAGGACACUCGAGGCUCUACUUAUAAAGAAAGGUAUAGUUAGUGAGAAGAAAAAAGAUGAAGAUGAAGACGGGGGUUAUCCUGAAAGCAGACGCAACACAGUGAGAUCAUCUGUGGAUCGAAACUCUGAUUCAGACUGAAAUGGAAGAAGUAAUUGAAGAGUUCAAUUGUGAUUGUGAGUUGCUUUUGGAAUGCUUAUUAGUGAUAUCGGUUUCAUAGCCAUAGGCAUGAACCAAUAAACAGCUAAAUUAAUGAUGGUAUUUGGGGAGAGAGGAAGUUCGAGUAUGUUCUGAUCCUCCUUAGGAUAUCCCAGAGGUCAUUGUAGAUUAUUUGGUUUCAUUUUAAUUAAAGCCUUGGAAUGGUCCUGUACUUAUGUAUGGAUGUAGAGGCUUGAGCUACAGGGCGGGGAAAAAAAAAAAAAUUGAGAUAGAGAUUGAGCUUGGGUAUAUUUGAAUAUGAGAAAAACUACUAUUUUUUGUUGCCUUGAGGCAGUGGAAUUGGGUAUAUUUCAAGUUAGCCAUAUAAUGAAAUCAGAAAUGCAGA